AAAAAAUUUUACAAAUGAGAUUUUCAAUUAAUCAUAUUUGUCUGAUAGCGAGAAAUACUUCUUGAUUUUAUAUAAUUCAAAUCGUGAUAUAAGGAAUGAGUCCCCAAUUAUUUAUAUCGCGAUAUGUGCAGCUACAUCCCUUGUGAUUCUUAUUGUGCUGUUCACGGCUUGAGAUGGCAUGAAGUCAAGAAAUUCUUAGAGAAAUCUUUCGCUUUCAUAUAAACUCCAAGUAAGGAUAUGCAGAUUAAGUCAUUGUUGCGUUGCCACUCACAGGUAAAGCUUGACAAUCUCAAUCACGGAGCAUCAAGUUGAUAAGUGUAUAAGCAUGCGGUCUUGCACUUUGUUUACAAAAACUUACAAAUCAUUACGCAAGGAUGUCUUUCGUUGACGUUUGGCUGACUUUUUUGCAUCUGUACCUUGAGCAGUUGAUUCAGACGACCCCACGUUGACUUUUCAUGGGAAUAUUAAAGGUUGUUUUUGUCAAGUCCAUUCAAUAACCGAAUCUUUUGGUGAGAAAUACUGUCGACGCCGAUUCAACAUGCUAUUCUCGACGUGCUUCUUUCUUUCAGUGUGUGUUCGUUUUCACUUGGUGAUAAAACACUAUUCGAGAUGGAACGUAGGUAUUCAUUCAAGCGUGGCCCUCCUCCCGCGAAUCAAACGAAAAUUGGCGUCAUUUUACCAGCUUACUUCUGUCAGCUCACAGAGGUUCCCGUAAAAGUUCCCUUUCCUGCAGUAUUCCCUAAAUACGUCAAACUUUGGCGUUGCAUGGGAACAAGUUAUGCUCCUCUCACACAUGAAUGUGUAGUAAAGAAGAUGACACAAUUCUGGUUGAAAACGUUGCUCCAUUUAAUUCGAAUGACAAAUCACACCCAAUGCGGGGAUCGUUGUAUUUUCAAUAAGGAUAAUUGCAACCUGACUACGCAUACAUUUGAUCCUGCCUCAUGUCUAUGCAAAUGUCGAACCCAUGUACAGUUCUCGUGUGGAUUUGGGAAGAUGUGGGACGUGAACGAUUGUGCGUGCAAGUGCAAAAAACCUCCCAGUAGAUGUAUUGGCUUCGAAGACAAAAAGGAAUGGAAUGAUAGAACUUGCAGAUGCGAAUGUACGAUUAGGAGAAGAAAAUUGUGUCAGAACGCUGGCUUUGGAAAGGUCAUCGAUAACAAUACUUGUGAAUGUAAGUGUCCACGGAAAACGUGCCCAAGAGGUCUUGCUGUUAGUCCAAGAAACUGUCAAUGUACUGCGAUACUUUCUUCUAUUUAAACUUUUGCUUCGUUUUACUUUCGCAUACAUAGAAAAUGUUGUAAGUGUUGCGUUUUGUAGAGGUUCAAAAGUAAAUUUGUUAAUUAGUCGUAAUUUUCAUGUGUUACUAAACAAAAUAAAUCGCAUGGUACGCUGUUUUCUUCUGA